UCCUGGAUUCCCAUUUCUAAGUGGAGCCACGUCACUUUCUUCCUUACGUGUCGGUUUUAGAAUUACCUAAACUUCCUUAACCUCCCUUCUUCCUUCUUCCGAGUUGCAGACCACACUCAAUGCGCCAACCAUGGUGUCCAACCCAAUCGACUCCGACGCCGAACUCACUAUUGCACUGGGAGACCAAUCUACUGUUAUUGGGUCUUUAACAGACCGGGUAAAUAUGCUCAAAACGCAAAUUCAAGCGGAGAGAUUUGUUUCAGUAAAGGAAAAGCUUGAGAACAAUGCACAGAGGCUUGCAAGUAACGUUGCUCAGGCGAUAUCUAGAACUUCUAGAGAUGCCCUAUCAUUUGUAGAAGAAAAUAGGAGGGGGAAAAUGCUUCUCUCGAGGAUGGAGCUUCCUCUGUGUAAGUUAUCCGGGAUUGCUUAUGGUGUUGGAGAUAAGGACUACAUUAGCAAUCAGGAUGUUGUAUUCUCCAUCAGUAUUAAACUUCCAUACAUUGAGAAGUUGCCUCCUUACACAACGUGGAUAUUUUUGGACAGGAAUCAGAGAAUGGCUGAAGACCAGUCAGUAGUUGGUAGAAGACGCAUUUAUUAUGAUCAGCAUGGCAGUGAAGCCUUGAUUUGUAGUGACAGUGAGGAAGAACUUGCAGAACCAGAGGAUGAAAAACAUGAGUUUUCUGAAGGUGAAGACCGUGUGUUAUGGAUCAUUAUUCAGGAACAUGGAGUAGGCGAGAAUGUACUUCAAAUUUUAAGUCAUUCUAUUGGCUGUACCACAUCAGAAAUCCAGGAGCGGUAUAAUGUACUUAAGGAAAGAAAUAACGAAACAGAUUUGAGUUCUAAAGUUUUGGAAGAAUUUAAGUCUGACAAAGGAAUAUCUUUAUACAAGAGCCUCAGUUCAACAUUAGAUUCUUUUGACAAUCUCUUUUGUCGUCGCUGUAUGCUGUUUGAUUGCCAUCUACAUGGAUGUUCUCAGUCGUUAAUCUAUCCGAAUGAGAAGCAGCUCUAUUGGCCUGAUCAUGAGGAAGAAAGAAAACCUUGCAGUAACAGAUGUUUCCUUGAGUUGUUUCAGAAACUAUCUCUAAUAGUUCAACGAAGGAAGGAGUGUUCUGCAUCAUGUUGGAGUCAGAUAUGCUUAAUUAGUCAAACACAGAGCAAAAAUCCAGAACGAAGAAGCAAGAGGCCAAGAUCAUCCAAACCUGAAGAGUCAAGUGCUCAUGUGGAUGCUGACAUCAUACAAGAUGAAAGAUCUGUUACUGGAAAACUGUCGUCCAGUACAUCUAAAGGCAUUUCUGUGUCUGAGGUGACCGUAGGCAUGAAUUCAGAUACAUCUAUAGGGACUACAACCCAUCCUGAAACUGGGGCAAAGCAGAAGGCCGUGGAGAACCAAAUUAAGGAUUCAGUAUCAAAUGACCCUGAGUUAAUUUCCGAUAAAUUUCAAGAUUGCAAGAAACAAAAGAUGUUGUCAGCCAUGGAUGUUGCGAAUGCCUCUACUGAAACCAUCUCUAGAAUUACCAGCAUCAAUUGUAGUCAUGAGGAUAUUCAUGGACUUCAAAAAGAUGAACUUCAAAGAAAUGCAAUAACUUUGGGUGAAGCCAGUGAACAGGCUAAGGAGAAAACUUCUCCCUCCGAUAUUACUUCAUGCAAUAAUUUGCAGGAUACUGGCAGAUCUGACACUGUAGAAGUCAGAGGUUUAUCAACCUCGAAGCAGUCAGCUGAAACUGUCAGAGAACCUGUUGAAGGAAUGAGUGGAAGUUCCGAGUGGAAGCUCAUGGAAAAGGAAUUGUACAUGAAGGGAAUAGAGAUAUUUGGAAGAAACAGUUGCCUUAUAUCAAGAAACUUACUCUCUGGAUUGAAGACUUGCAUGGAGGUGUUCAAUUACAUGCACAAUGGUGGAGCUUCAACAUCGAACAGAUCAAGCAGCAUGCCAAGUUCAAAUGCAGAUGACAAUGGAAAAGCUGAUAUUGACUAUACGGAACAGGAUAUGCGAAUUAGAUCACGGCUACUUCGUAAAAGAGGAAAAGCACGGAAGCUCAAAUAUUCUUGGAAAUCUGCUGGUCAUCCGUCUUUUUGGAAAAGGAUUGUUGAUGGAAAAAAUCAAUCUUGUAAGCAAUAUACACCAUGUGGAUGCUUGUCUUCUUGUGGAAAGCAAUGCCCUUGUCUUCACAAUGGGACCUGCUGUGAAAAAUAUUGUGGGUGCUCAAAAAGUUGCAAAAAUAGGUUCAGGGGAUGUCACUGUGCCAAGAGUCAAUGCAGAAGCAGGCAGUGCCCAUGCUUUGCUGCUGGACGUGAAUGUGACCCUGAUGUAUGCCGAAAUUGCUGGGUCAGUUGUGGUGACGGAUCAUUGGGAGAGCCACCUAGACAGGGAGAUGGCCAGUGUGGUAACAUGAGACUCCUCCUAAGGCAACAGCAGAGAAUUCUCCUGGGUAAGUCUGAUGUUGCUGGAUGGGGAGCGUUUUUGAAGAACUCUGUCAACAAGAAUGAUUAUCUGGGAGAAUAUACCGGAGAAUUAAUCUCACACCGGGAAGCAGAUAAGCGAGGAAAAAUUUACGAUCGUGCAAACUCUUCUUUCCUUUUUGACUUGAAUGAUCAGUAUGUUCUUGAUGCCUAUCGUAAAGGAGAUAAGCUAAAGUUUGCAAAUCAUUCAUCGAACCCCAACUGCUAUGCAAAGGUAAUAUUGGUGGCAGGAGAUCAUAGGGUAGGCAUUUUUGCCAAGGAGCAUAUUGAAGCUAGUGAGGAGCUUUUCUACGAUUACCGCUAUGGACCCGAUCAAGCGCCUGCAUGGGCUCGAAGACCCGAGGGUUCCAAGAGAGAUGAUGCGUCAAUUUCCCAAGGGAGAGCCAAGAAACACCAAUCUCAUUGAUUUUCCAUUGAAAAGGUUUGGAUGCAUAAACCAUAUCCUUGCUUGCUUAUUAGGAGAACAAACAGUGUGUCAAAUAAUGGGGUUGCUUUUAAGUUGUUAUAGAAAUAAUCAUACAUGUUAAUAUGCAUAGUAUUAUUUGAGGGGUAAUGAUACAAAGCCCUAAUAAAUAGUGGGAAAUAAUGUAUAACAUUAUGUAAUUGUGUACCAAAUUCAGAAUCAUUUUAUGCAAGUCAGGAAAUCUGAUUUGCACAUCAACACUCUUUAUGACGUUUGUUUAUGAGGGAA